AUGAGUGGCUGUAAAACGGAGCGCUCCAUCGGGACACACGCGUCUGUGGUCGGGAUCGAAAGGAGCAUUGCAACCGCUCCUGGGCACGGCGACUGCUCUGCACACCAGAUCGAGUCGCACGACCAGCGCCACCAUGGGGUCGGGGGCGAGAAUGAAGGGACGACGGCAUCUGUGCAGUAUGCACAAGAUCUCUCUCUCUCGACGACUCGGACGACACCGCGCACAUACCUGGUAUCGCUUUUGUCCCGAUUCAUCGCUGUUGGACUUAAGAUAGCGACGUUCGAGUGA